AUGACAUUGGAACAAGAUACUGAUUUGUCUAGUGAAGGUGAAUCAUUUUCUACGACUUUUACCACUGGACAGAAGUAUAAUAAUCAAGAUAAAUCAAAUAUAUUAAUUCUGCGUGCUGCAAGGUUAGAACUUGAAUCAAUUACUUUGAAACAAGCCAUGGAUGAUGCUGUUAAAAAACUUCAAGAAUUAUCUGUUGCAAAUAUCACUACGCUUGUUGAACAAGUAUCCCAAAUUCAAAAAGAUGUAACAAUAUUGAAAACUGCUAAUAAACCUGAUCAAACUACUAUUGACAGUGCUACCACAGAAUUUGCAAAUAUAAGAAAUGCUAUUACAAUGUACUGUUCAAGUUAUAAUAACCAAUCUAACAAUGUACUUGAUGAAAUGAGAGGAAUGAGACUAUCUACUGAGGACCAAUUGAAUAAAAUGUUUAAUAUAAUAGGAAACACCCAGCUGUUGUUAAAUCAUUUCUGUUUAAAUCAACAAUUACUAGAAGAAAAAAUAGAUCAACAACGGCUGAAUUAUGAAAAUCUAAAAUAUCAAAUCAUGGCACAGAAUAAAGAUAUUCUGGAGAUUAGACAAUUCUUACAAUUAUUAGUUCCUAGAAUCAUCAGCAUAGAAGCUUUCAAUAAAUCGUUAGUUGAUAGAACAACUCCUGCUACGGCUGAUGUUGUUUCUCCGAUUAAAAAUGUUCCGAAAAAGGCAUGCAAAAGAAGGAAAAUUAUUUAA